UGGUCUUGCAGAGCAGCAGGACUAAGUCAUUGGACUAAAAGCAGGACUAAGUCAUUGGACUAAAAGCAGGACUAAGUCAUUGGACUAAAAUGCAUGGGGGAACAGGAAAAGAUCAAAGAAGCUACCGAAAGGCUGGUCCUAAAGAGGGAGGCUUUUUUCUCACGUCUCCAGAAGGAGUGAUGCCAGUGCCUGAGGCGGUGUCUGACACAGCCGGCGCCGCCACCAUGUUGAGUCCCGUCUUCAACGCCUCCAACGGGGACGGCUCAGAGUCGGAGACCACCUCCGCCAUCCUGGCCUCCGUCAAGGAACAGGAGCUGCAGUUCGAGCGUCUGACCAGGGAGCUGGAGGCCGAGCGGCAGAUUGUUGCCAGUCAGCUGGAGAGAUGCAAGCUUGGCUCUGACACUGGAAGCAUGACCAGCAUCAGUUCGGCAGAGGAGAAAUUCCGCUGGAGCAACCAAGAUGGACAGAAGGACAUCGAGGACGAGCUGACAACAGGCCUGGAGUUGGUGGACUCCUGUAUCAGAUCACUGCAGGAGUCUGGCAUCCUGGACUCACAGGACACGACCACAGGAGAUCGACAAGGACUUCUCUCUCACAGCGCUCUGCAGCUCAACAACCAGGAUGCCUACGCGGCUGCCGGUUACCACAGCAACCAAGCGCUGGCGCUGGGCGAAGUCGUCGCGGGUCGCGGCGGCCAUAUGGGCGGGGCCGUCCACAGCUACAACCAGGUGACGUCCAGUCGGGCAGCCGCCCAGCUGGACUCGCCCUCGCAGAGAGACUCGUACGCCCAGCAAGCCCAUGGGAGCGCCUUCCACAUGCCCAGUGAGGGUGGCUCUGCACCUGUUGGACCACCCAUGUAUUACUCCUGUGCCACCCUGCCCGCACAGCGUGUCAGCUCACCUCUGCAGGCGCUGGGCUCGCCCACCAAGCUGCAGCGUCUAGGCUCCGCCUCCUCCGACAUGCCCAGCUACGCCACGCUGCAGCGCGUCUCCUCGCCCAAACACUCGCCCAGUCGCCUGGCCAAGUCCUACAGCACCUCGUCGCCCAUCAACAUGGUCGCCGGCGGCCCCGCCUCCCCGUUGUCGGUGGCCGCCUCGACGGGGGGCAACCUCACCUCCUCCCCCAUCCACCAGCUGAGCUCGGUGGUGGGCAGCUACGCCACCCUGUCGCCCACCAAGCGCAUGCUGCACCACAUCGGGGGAGAGACCUACAAGAUAUCCCACGAGCUCUACGCCAACGCCACCCUCAAGCGGCCCGGGAGCCUGGCAGGCUCCAGGGGCUCGUACAGCAGCCAGCACAGUCACCUUGGCUCCGAGCUGCGACCUCUGCAGUCUCCUGAGCACCACAUCGACCCCAUCUACGAGGACCGGGUCUACACCAAGCCCAACCUGCGGGGACAAGUGGUCAACCAGUUGUACCAAGAGGUCCUCAACUAUCUGCUCUGUCCCUACGCUCUAGCCCCGCCCUCCCCCGGUGUCGACCCCGUCCCCUUGCAGCGAACGGGGAGCCAGAAUGCCGCCUCCACCUUCCAGAGAGGCAGCUUCGCCACGGCCGGCGGGCCCGACUACAGCAACCCGUACCGCACCUUGCAGUUCUGCCCGUCCACGGAGUCGCCUUACAGCAAGUCGGGCCCGGCCCUCCCUCCCGAGGCGGCCCUGGGGAGGUCUCCGUCCGUGGACAGCAUCCAGAAGGACCCGAGGUACGACCCCGAAUUCCUUGUGUGGAAUCAAAAUCACGCCGAGCAAAGAAUGACAAAGGAGUUUGGUUGGAGAGAUCCAGAACUGCCGGAGGUGAUCCAGAUGUUGCAGCAUCAGUUCCCCUCGGUGCAGUCCAACGCCGCCGCCUACCUCCAGCACCUCUGCUUCGGAGACAACAAGAUCAAGUCCGAGAUUCGGCAACAGGGAGGCAUCCAGCUUCUGGUGGACCUGCUGGACCACCGCAUGACCGACGUGCACCGCAGUGCCUGUGGAGCUCUGCGGAACCUAGUCUACGGGAAGGCCAACGACGACAACAAGAUCGCACUAAAGAACUGCGGGGGGAUACCGGCUUUGGUCCGACUACUCCGGAAGACCACGGAUGUGGAGAUCCGUGAACUCCUAACAGGUGUUUUAUGGAACCUCUCAUCGUGUGACGCCCUGAAGAUGCCUAUCAUCCAGGAUGCCCUGGCGGUUCUGACUAAUGCUGUGAUCAUCCCCCACUCGGGGUGGGACACUUCCCCCCACACACAAGAGGACCGCAAAUUACAUCUCCACUCCUCCCAGGUCCUCCGCAAUGCCACCGGCUGCCUCCGCAAUGUGAGUUCUGCAGGGGAGGAGGCCCGCAGGAGAAUGCGAGAGUGUGAGGGUCUGACAGACGCUUUUCUCUACGUCAUCCAGACCGCCCUGGGAAGCAGUGAGAUUGACAGCAAGACGGUGGAGAACUGCGUGUGCAUCCUGAGGAACUUGUCCUACCGCCUGGCCGCAGAGACCUCCCACAACCAGCAGGGCGGCUCCGAGGAGCUGGACGGCCUCUUGUGCGACACGGGCGGGAAGGACGCGGAGAGUUCCGGGUGCUGGGGCAAGAAGAAGAAGAAGAAGAAGGGACACGACCAGUGGGAUGGCGUCGGCCCGUUUCCAGACUUGGCAGAGUCCCCAAAAGGCAUCCAGAUGCUGUGGCACCCCAGUAUUGUCAAGCCCUACCUCACCCUGCUGUCUGAAUGCUCCAACCCAGACACCCUGGAGGGAGCAGCUGGCGCUCUGCAGAACCUUGCUGCUGGGAGCUGGAAGUGGUCGGUCUACAUCCGGGCUGCGGUGCGCAAGGAGAAGGGCCUGCCGAUCCUGGUGGAGUUACUGAGGAUAGACAAUGACCGGGUGGUCUGUGCCAUUGCCACCGCCUUGAGAAACAUGGCUCUGGACAUCAGGAACAAGGAACUCAUUGGUAAAUACGCCAUGCGGGACCUGGUGCACCGUUUGCCCGGUGGCAGCACGAACAACAGCGGCGGCGGAGGAAGCGGCGGCGGCAGCGUCGCCAACAGCUGCGCUCUUGUCGGAAAGACGAUGUCAGACGACACCAUCACGGCCAUCUGCUGCGCUCUGCACGAGGUCAUCACCAAAAACAUGGAGAACACCAAGGCCCUGAGGGACGCCGGGGGCAUCGAGAAGCUCAUUGGCGUCGCCCGCACCAAAGGAGACAAGCAUAGUCCCAAAGUGGUGAAAGCGGCGUCCCAGGUCCUCAACAGCAUGUGGCAGUACCGAGACCUCCGCAGCCUCUACAAAAAGGAUGGCUACUCCCAGUACCAUUUCAUUGGCUCUUCGUCCACCAUCGAGAGGGACCGACAGCGGCCCUAUUCUUCUUCUCGCACGCCCUCCAUCUCGCCUGUGCGCGCCUCGCCAAACAAUCGAUCGGCGAGUGCACCGGCUUCACCCAGGGACAUGUUGGUGUUGAAGGAGAGGAAGGCGGACUACGAGCUGAGCGGCACCGCCACUUACCGCGGCAACAAGGGUGAACACACAUCCCGCAAGGAGGCCAGCAUGGGCGGUGGUUGUUCAACCCUGCACCGAGGAGCGUACGUGUCACCCACCGAUGACCUGAAGUAUAAUCAGGUCUCCUCCCAAGGAUUGCCUUCAGAGCCCUACCCGCCUUUCCAGAACCCUCCCCCGCCCGACAGCAGCAACUACGAGGACCAGGCCUUCUUCGAGAACCAGGUCCACGCGGGCGGCCGCCCCCCCCAGGCCGACCUCAACAUGCACUUGCAGGGCCUGAAAUCCACAGGCAACUACGUGGACUUCUACUCGGCCUCUCGGCCCUACAGCGAGCUCAACUACGAGACCAGCCACUACCCGGCCUCCCCGGACUCCUGGGUUUAAGCCGCGCGGCAGGAAAGGAAACGUAGUCGGAAGUAGGAAAAGGUACCUUUUUUUUGUUUUGUUUUUUCAUAACGUGUAGUUCCCACGUAGCAUCAUAGGUAGCAAGACACUGAAGAAGGGACUGCGGACUCCUUGUCCGGAGGCCAGGAAGGAGCAGAGGGAGCGAGUCCGGGCCUUGCAUGUGCAUGCACUCCACCCACGACACGGACAUUUUUCUUCCCGUGUCUGCAUGGAGCGGCCGUGGGGAAGGUGAGGCGGGGAGAGAGGUGCGUGGAAAAGUCUUUGCAAGGUGUGAAGGAUGUACAUUUUGUCACAUAGGGACUUUUAGUAACGUCAAGCACAAGACGCCGUAGGACACGUAGAAACGUCUCGUUACACAAACCCGGUUUCUCUCUGUGGGCGUGACGUGUCCUCCGGAGGAAAAGCUCGCUUCUGGAUGUCGCCGUUUGUAACGCUAUCUUUUUUUUGUUGGUUUUUGUUUCCCCCCCUCCCGUUGUCGUCGUUUUUUUGUGUUUCUAUUUUUGAAAAUUCUCGGUUGUAUAGUAUUUGAUGUACACUGUACAUUUAUUGGCGAUGCAUUGUGUAAUUGUACAUUGAACUGUUGUCCGUGUGCAGCCUUCACACUCUGCACUACACUCACACACACACACUCACACACACACACACACCCAUUCUUGUAUUUCUUACCUUCUUGAGACGUGAGAAAAAAGCCUCCCUCUUUAGGACCAGCCUUUCUAGAUAUAUAAAGAAGUGUAUUUACAACAUUAAUAAUAUAUACAUACUAUGCACAUAUAAAAAAAAGCUUGUUGUGAAAAAGGAGUUGGAAUUUCACAAGAAAAAGGUCACAAUUUCACGAGAAAAACGUAGAAUUUUGGCAGUGUUAUAAUAAAAGUCGUCAUUUUACUCGACUCAAGUCAAAAUUUGACAAGAAAAACUGAACAUUUGUGCGAUGUUAUGAUAAAAGUUGGGAUUUUACUCAAUAGCAGUCGCAAUUUUAUAAGAAAAGCUUAACAUUUCGGCAACUUUAUGAAAAGAGUUAUAAAAUUGUGUCUUUUGUAAAGUAAAAUUACACCUCUUUUCAUAAAGUUGCCAAAAUUUGAAGCUUUUCUUGUCAAAUUGCGACUUUUAUUGAGUAAAAUUCCAACUUUUAUCAUAACAUCGCACAAAUCUUUUAUCACAAUAUUGCCAAUUUUUUUGUUGUUCUUGUAAAAUAGUGAAAUUUUUUGAGUAAAAUGAUGGCUUCUGUCAUCAUUUUGCCUAAUGAAAUUUGUAUUAUUAUAAUAUAGACAACAUUUUAAAGUUUUCUUAUAAAAUUGUGACUUUUUUCGAGUAAAAUUACAACUCUUUUCAUAAAGUUCACCAAAUUUUAAGCGUUUCUUGUCAAAUUGCGACUG